AUGCGUCUAACAUCUCUGCUCUCCCUCAUCCCCGCCGUCGCAGCUAGCUGCUACCACAACACCCCUCUUGCUCGACGUGCAUCCGUCCCCAGCUAUGGGUACACUGCUACGCGAGGCCCAUUGAACUGGUACGGUCUUGACCCAAGCGCCAACGUUGCUUGCGCAACAGGGACACACCAGUCGCCUAUCGUCAUCGGAAGCUCCGAGAUUUCAAAGGUCAACAAUAGCACCGUCACUCUCUAUAUCCCUACGGUGUCUGACCUUGAAUUCGAGAACCUCGGCACCACCAUCGAAGUGCCUUUGACGAAUGGCACCCUCGUUGUAGGAAAUCAUACCUACACCCUGGCGCAGUUUCAUUUCCACACGCCCUCUGAGCACCGGAUUGAUGAGGAGUAUUUCCCCAUGGAAGCCCACUUUGUGUUCUCGGACGAAGAUGGAAGCAUCGCCGUAGUGGGCUUUCUCAUCGAUCUCACCUCCACCAAGGAUCAUAGCACACCCUUGCUAAACACCGUCUUCGCCGACGUCAAUGAAAUCGCCGAGCUGGGAAGUACCACCGAGCUUGGACUGCUGGAUUUCAGUAGUGUUACGAGACAUUUCAUGAACAACGAUAUUUAUACAUACUCUGGGUCCCUGACUACUCCACCUUGCACUGAAGGCGUGUCGUGGUAUGUCAGUGGCUUGCCGUUGGUGUUGGAUGUGGAUACGUAUAAUCAGGUGAAGAAGGUGUUGAGGUUCAAUUCGCGCUACACUCAGAACGUGUUGGGACAGGAAGAUCUGUUGCAGCUUGCGGCGGACGAACUGAAUGGUGUUGUCGUUUAA